CUGGUUUUAUUUUUGCGCUCCCUUCCCCGAUUGAUCAGAACAUCAUGGACAGAGUGUACUGAAAGUAACAAGUGCAAGAUCACGCCCCCGGUAUAUUAGCAUUUAUUUACAGAAGUGCAACUCAAAAUGUCGUCAAUACUUUAUGGACUUGUCAUUAUUGUGAUGCUUUCUAGUAUUGAUGGUAACAUUCAGCUUAACUCGUUUGACCCAUCAUUUGGAAAGGCUGUCCAGCCGCAGUCGGUUGGCUCACCAUGGCCAAUGCCACAAGUUAUCACAACGACACCAGUGACUUGCAAACUCGCAGAUCAGAGUUCAUUCCGAUUUUACCAGAAAACAGCUGUAUCUUGCCCAGUCUUGGCUCAAGCAUUAGUUCGCUAUAAAGAAAUUGUCUUUUCUCAACUGCCUAAGCCAUUGGCCAAGCAGAGUGAGAAGAGACAAGAAGGUACUGAUGAGGCCCCUCUUCCUCUGACAGGUCUUGCAGUCAGCAUCACUGACUGCAGUGAGCUCUACCCUUCACUCGAGUCCUUAGAAAACUACACAUUGGAAGUUGGUGGAAAUGAUGCUGUGCUAACAGCACACUCAGCAUGGGGCGCAUUGAGAGGCUUGGAAACGUUCAGCCAGAUUGUGUACCCAUCAGCAGGAUCGUUGGUUGUGAACAAGACCAGCAUUGUGGACUUUCCACGCUUUGCUCAUCGUGGAUAUCUGGUGGAUUCAUCAAGGCAUUUUCUACCGGUGGGAAAACUUCUCCAGUUCUUGGAUGCGAUGGCGUACAACAAGAUGAAUGUCUUUCACUGGCAUAUCGUUGAUGAUCAGUCUUUCCCAUAUGAAAGUACUACAUUCCCCUUCAUGAGUGAAAAGGGAGCAUUCAUGUCAUCUUAUGUCUACAGUCAGCAAGACGUAUUAAAUGUCAUCAACUAUGCACGAGAUCGUGGAAUACGAGUCAUACCGGAGUUUGACACACCAGGUCACACUCAGUCUUGGGGGUCCGUGCCUAACCUCUUGACUCCCUGUGCAGAUAAGACAGGGAAACCCACCGGUUCCUACGGCCCUGUUAACCCCAUGCUGAAUUCAACCUAUGAUUUCUUGGCCAAGUUUUUUAAGGAGAUUGCAUCGGUGUUCCCUGAUCAGUAUAUUCAUCUUGGAGGAGAUGAAGUUAACUUUGCCUGCUGGAAGAGCAACAAAGAUAUCCAAGCGUUCAUGACGCAUAUGGGUUAUGGUCAGAAUUACUCGCAACUGGAGGGUUAUUAUGAGCAGAGGUUUCUGGAUAUUGUGGAAGGACUGAAGGUGCAGCCUCUAGUUUGGCAAGAGGUUGUAGACAAUGGAGUAAAGGUCGAUAUUGAAACAGUGGUUCAUGUUUGGAAGACGCCAUGGCAGUCAGAACUCUUCAAUGUCACCAAGAAGGGUUAUAAAUCUUUGAUAUCAGCUCCUUGGUACCUGAAUGCGGCCGGUGUUAGUCCGUAUCGUCAAGACUGGCGGAGCAUUUACUCCGUAGAGCCGCUAAAAUUCAAUGGUACUCAAGCUCAGAAGGAUUUGGUGUUUGGUGGAGAAGCAUGCAUGUGGGGAGAGUACGUUGAUGCAACAAAUCUGAUGCAGCGAAGCUGGCCAAGAGGUUGUGCAGUAGCAGAAAGACUGUGGAGUGCAGAGACUGUUCAUGAUGUUGGCAAAGCAGCUCCUAGAAUAGCCGAACAACGCUGCAGGAUGCUAAAGCGUGGUUUGCAGGCUGAACCGGUGACUGGUCCAGGAUUCUGUGACGUUCCACUGGGCCCGUGAUUGCUGUGGUGAUUAGGACAAUAAGGACCGGAUACUACAAGAUGACAAAUAGCUUUUGGAGGGAACAAAUAAACAAUAAAACUAAAAUUUAUGCAGAGGUAAAAUCAACUACAUGUAGGUAUGUGGUGUUGCUUUUAUAUGUAAACAAUUUUUUAGAGUAAAAUCUCUGUAUUUAAAAAACAGUCACAUUUCUAACAGUGGUACUUAAGUGGUACAACCAUAAGCCUUACUAGUACUUACUCAGUUACUCCCACCUCAAAAAGAUGCAAGUUUAUAAUACAGCAAGAUGUUUUAAAAGGUGAUAAAGUCGCCAUAUUUGAUAUUGCUUAUUUCUUGUUUUGUUUAAUGAGCAUUAUCAUUAAACUUGUAGUAGUUUGCUACAAUUUCCAAAAUUGUAAUGUUCUUCUACACCAUUAUUCUCGGCCUCAUUUCUAAAAAAUUUUAUCAGAUAUUUUUGAUAUUGAACUAAGUUCAAAUGUGAUAUUCAUGUUCUGUUUCUUGCACUAGUUAAAGCUCCAGCUCAGUGUUAUCUCAUACCCAUGACUAAAGUGGCAUAAAUAUAAAUUUGAAAAAAUAAAAUCAAAGUCCACACAUAAUUUUUCUUUUUUUGAAAACAAAAUGUUUUUUAUGCCAAACUCUGGAGACCUCCAAACUCAAUUUACCAGGGAUGGAUUUGA